AUGAAAGUUCUCAAAGAAAACACCGAUCAAUGGGACAUGUUUAUGAAAACACCGUUUCCAUUCACCUUCAAAGUUUACAUGUUUGAUGUUCAAAAUCCUGAUGAAAUUUUGCAAGGCGCCAAACCUAUUGUGAGAGAAACUGGACCGUUCGUCUAUAAAGUAUACAAAUGGAAAUCCGAUAUCAAAUGGGAUACUCCUGACGACAUAUCAUAUUACUCAUACAUGAGGUAUGAAUUUGAUGAAGAAGCUUCUGGAGUUUACACGGAUGAUUUGAAAGUUACCAUUUUCAAUACAGCCUAUUACGGAAUGAUUCAAAAAAUUGAAGAUAUUCAGCCAGAAGCACUUCCUAUGGUGGAAGGAGUUCUUCCAUCAGUUUUUGGUGAAAAUCACGGUUUGUUUAUUAAAGUUAAAGUAAAGGAUUAUCUUUUCGACGGAUUGAAACUAUGCGAAAAUGGGGGAAAACAAGGAGGUUUUCUUGCUGGAAUGGUUUGCAAACAAACUGUCGACAGACUAGCAGAGAACAAAAAUAUGAGAAUGGAAAAUAAUACAAUUUUAUUUGCCAAUAUGCAUUACAAAAACAACACCCAUUUAGGUAGAUUUACAGUCAAAUCCGGUAUUAAGAAGAGGGAAGAAACUGCAACAUUAACUUUAUAUGACGGACAGGACUAUAUUUCUGUUUGGACAGGAGAAAAAUCGAUUUGCAAUAGGAUUCAUGGCACCACAACAGUAUUUCCCGUUAAUAUAGAUAAAAACAUGACUUUCGAAGCAUACUCUGAAGAUAUUUGCAGAACAAUAGGAUUGGAAUACUCAGAAGAUGAAACAUUCAAAGAUCUUCUCGGAUACAAAUUUGUAGCAAAAAAUGACACUUUCAGCUCAAAGAAAGAAGACAAUUCCUGUUAUUGUACUAACAAAACGCGAUCACUGGAUGGAGAGUUCGCUUGUUUAAAGGAUGGUUUAACCGAUUUGACAACAUGUAGAGGUGCUUCUGUGUUAGUUUCUUUCCCUCAUUUGCUUUAUGGUGAUAAAGAGUAUUUGAAUGGAGUCUUUGGCUUGAAACCAGAUAAAUCAAAGCAUGAAACUUCACUCAUAUUGGAACCGGUAAGUCAAGAACUUCUCACAAUGACAAUAAAAAUAUAAAGAAUUUAUGUAGGCAUAGAAAAGCCACACAUUUUCCAAAAUAUAAAAUUUUCCA